AUGGGGUGGAAGGAUGAGAGCCUGCAUGUGGACAUGGAAAACUCCUAUCUCUGUGGAUACUUGAAGAUUAAAGGCCUUACAGAGGAGUACCCAACCCUCACCACUUUCUUCGAAGGGGAAAUAAUCAGUAAAAAACACCCUUUCCUAACACGCAAGUGGGAUGCUGACGAAGAUGUGGAUCGUAAACACUGGGGAAAGUUCCAGGCUUUUUACCAGUAUGCAAAAACAUUUAACUCUGAUGACUUUGAUUAUGAGGAUUUGAAAAACGGGGACUAUGUCUUCAUGAGAUGGAAGGAACAGUUCCUAGUCCCAGAUCACACUAUCAAGGACAUCAGUGGUGCUUCCUUUGCUGGUUUCUAUUACAUCUGCUUCCAGAAGUCAGCAGCAUCUAUAGAGGGCUAUUACUACCAUAGGAGUUCAGAAUGGUAUCAGUCAUUGAAUUUAACUCACGUCCCUGAGCACAGUGCUCCUAUCUACGAGUUCCGAUGACAGCUGCCCAGGACUGAUACCGCCCAGAAGCAACCCGGGCAGGAGAGCAAGGCCUGCCAGGAGAACUGUGUCCCUGUUGGAGCACAGGAAUGCACGCUUCUCUCCUGCCCCUGGGACUCGUGAGAAGAGAGCCUGAAUGUUAACCCACCCAGCCCAAGGAGCGUGGCUGCUGGAGCUUGAUUCUCCCUCCUGUCGAGUGGCAAUUUGAUCUUUACUCUGGUUUUAAGCUACCUUUAAAUGCACUUUCUUAUUGCACAGCUAGUUUCUCUAUCACUGAAGUUCCUCCUGGCUCUCCUCUGGAAGCUGUUUCUCAGUAGCUGGAAUCAGUGGUCUGAGUAAUAAGAAAAUACAAGCUCAGUGCUUGUAUUUUCAUUGUUACAGCCUGAUAUGGGUUGAAAUCACCAGGAUUCAGGUUGGUCGUCCCCAUUGGCAGCUCAGAUGCUCCUGGAGCCAGGGCCUGUGUUUGAGGCUCUGCUUGGCAGGGUCUGUUGGGGGAGUGUUGGCUGAGUCAGGGAAGGCUUGAAGGAGCCUUUGCUUCGUGCUGGCUAAGGAGGUGAGCUGGAGCUGCAGAUCUUGCAGGAACGCCAGCUCUUUGGAGCUGGGAGUUGUUCCAGUGUCUGGAUACACCACUGGGAAUUAAUUUGAUGUACGGACUUCCAGGCUCUCAGUAAAGUGGAUCUGAACUC